AUGUCUACAGUGGACAUGUCCUGUACAGUUCUGGGACAGAGAGUCAGUAUGCCCAUCUGUGUAGCGGAUACUGCAAUGCAGCGGAUAGCUCAUCCUGAUGGAGAGAUGGCCACUGCGAGAGCUUGCCUGUCCGCUGACACCGGUAUGAUGUUGAGUUCAUUGUCGACCUCCACAAUAGAGGAAGUAGCAGCGGCCGCACCUGGAGUCGUGUGCUGUAUGCAGCUGUACUUUUAUAAAGUCCGGGCACUGACUCAGUCGCUGGUCAGGAGAGCAGAGGACGCUGGGUAUAAGGGUAUCUUUGUCACAGUGGACACACCUUAUCUUGGCAGGCGACGCGAUGACGUGUGCAACCGAUUUAAGCUGCCCUCUCAUUUGAGGUUGGCCAAUUUUGAAUCCCCUGAUUUAGCGUUCUCCUCAAAAGAGGGUUACAGCGAGGACAGAGGCCUGGCGGUCUACGUGACUCAGGCGAUAGAUCCCACAAUGAAAUGGGAGGACAUCGCCUAGCUGAAAAGAUUGACGUCUCUGUCUGUGGUGGUCAAAGGGGUUUUGAGAGCUGAAGAUGCCAAAGAAGCUCUGAAGUACGGGGUGGAUGGAAUACUUGUGUCAAACCACGGAGCACGACAGCUUGACGGGGUUCCAGCAACCAUUGACGCCUUGACUGAAAUCGUGGAGGCCGUAGAGGGCAAGGUGGAAGUCUUCCUGGAUGGAGGGGUACACACGGGCACAGAUGUGUUGAAAGCUCUGGUGCUGGGGGUAAAAGCUGUCUUUGUAGGGAGACCCAUCCUGUGGGUGCUGGCCUGUGAGGUGAGACACAGUGACAAAGGUGUCAGUAAUGUGCUGCAGAUACUACAAGAGGAACUACACCUUGCAUUGGCGCUUACAGGAUAUCGCUCAUUGGAAGAAGUCGACAGAUCACUUUUGAGAAGAUCUGAACUCACUUCAAGGAUCUAA